AUGGUCACAUAUACAAACCUCCAACUUGUUGAACAAUGCGACAAAUUUCCGUACGCGCAAACGCGACCCGACGAGUACGCGGCAAAGGUCUCGGGGUAUUACAAGUUCCAUGUAGAAGGGUGUGCCUCGGUGCUCGGCUUCAUGCUUCCGGCCACCGUCCAAGGAUUCCAAUGGCCGGAUUUCUGGAAAGUCGACCACCAACGCAAGACCGUGCUGCUCUGCGGUAAGACGCUGGACGAAAGGGAUCAACGCGUCGCCAAAACUCUCGCCGCAGAACGUCAACGCCGUCACUUCAAGAUUCUCAGCGGAUGGCGAGACGAGCUAUACCCAGUGUAUGGCCCGGACCGCAGCGUACUCGUCAAUAUGGAACGAGCGGCCGCCGCCUUGUUUGGCAUCGUGGCCUACGGAAUCCACCUGACUGGGUACGUUGUCGCAGAGAGUGGCCUCAAGAUCUGGGUGUCUCGCCGAGCCAGCAACAAGCAGACGUAUCCUGGUAUGCUGGAUAACACCGCCGGUGGUGGUAUGGCCAGCGGCGACAAACCAUUUGAGAGCAUCGUGCGGGAAGCGGCCGAGGAGGCCUCGUUUCCUAGGGAUUAUGUGCGGAAGAAUGCCAAGUGUGCUGGCACCGUUAGUUACUUUGACAUUCGGGACGAGCGAGCUGCUGCUGGCACAGAGGUUGGACUGCUGCAACCUGAAUGCAUUUACGUGUAUGAUCUUGAGGUCACUCGAGACUUUGUGCCGCGUCCAAAUGAUUUGGAAGCAGAAGAUUUUCGUCUCUGGGAUAUUCCUGAAUUGCAGGCUGCCUUGAGGAGGGGGGAGUUCAAGACAAAUUGUGCUCUGGUGCUGCUUGAUUUCUUCAUUCGUCAUGGCAUCAUUACACCUGAAGAAGAGGAGGACUACGUUGAGAUUGUCGCAAGACUUCAUAGAAAGCUAGAGUUUCCUUGUGCUUGA